GUGAGUUGCAACCUUUAUUUGUGUCCCCUCAGCUCGACUGAAAGUCAUGGCAGGUCCUGACCUGAUAAGAACUGUCCUGUACACAAUGAAUAACCUUUUACAGCAGGAGAAAUACAAAGCAGCCUUGGCAGUAGUGAAAGGAUUCAGGAACGGAGCUGUAUAUGGAGCAAAGAUCAGAGCACCACAUGCCCUGGUUAUGACAUUUCUGUUUAGAAGCGGCAGUUUGAAAGACAAACUUCGGGCCAUUUUGAAAGCCACCUACACUCACUCCAGGAACCUGGCGUGCUUCGUCUUCACAUACAAAGGACUUCAAGCCUUACAGCAGAAGAUCCAAGGAAAGAGUCUGCAGUCCCACUCCUUCCUCGCUGCCUGUGUUGGAGGAUGGCUGGUGUUCGGAGACAACAACAAUAUUAACAGCCAGAUCAAUAUGUACCUACUGUCCAGAAUCCUGUUCGCCUUGUCUCGGCUGGCUGUCGAAAAAGGAUUCAUCCCUGCACCAAAACAAGACCCCUUCCCACUCUUUGCCACACUGGUGUGGGGCAUCGUGUUGUGGUUGUUCGAGUAUUACCCGCACACCCUCCAACCCUCCCUUCAGUCCUCCAUGAAUUAUCUUUACCAUGACAGCAAUGUGUGGCACGACAUCUCGGACUUCCUGGUUUAUAAUAAGCCAAGGACUGCUGGUUCUCAGAAAUAAAGCUUAAGGCUUUUUUCUUCACUGAUUCCUUUCAUCUUUUUGAUGGAAUGAUUGUAUAAUUAUUUUAUAAUUAAAAUGUCAUGUAUCAUUAAUUGUUGCCUUUUUUUACUUUAUCUUGAUAUGACACUGUACCCCAUACCAUUUAAUGACACUGUUUUCAUUUAUUUAACUGUGUAUAUGAAAUUUCAUCAUAUUUUCAAAGCCCUUCUUUCACUUCCAAUGCAGGAUACCUUGUAGAAAAUGGAAAAAAAGAAAGAAAAUGGGCUUAAUUUUAAACCAGGGAAUAUCAUCUUGUUGGUUUAAAAGUUUGAGAAAGAAAAAGUUUGAUAAAUAGGUGAUUUGGGAUUAAAAUAGAAAGUAUUACACCUGGGUAUGUGUAUUCUUUAUUGUAUAUUGUCUCAUUAUAAAAUUCAACAACUUGCAAACAUUUAUGGAAACUAAAUAACCUGACUCAAAUUAAUCACAAAAUGAUGAAUCAAUUAAAGAAAUAAAUGGUUCUAUGAA